UCCAUUGGUUUGUGAUGCAACUUAACCACAUGUUUAAAUUUGUAUUUAAUUUACAUUUUGUUUAUUUAAUUGUUGACAUUGUUUUGAAUCGAAACUUUUGAUUUGAAGUAGAUAUGUUUUCUUCAAUUUCACCGGUGAUUAGAUUGAAUUGUUCUAAUAAAUGUUCAGUUCGGUGGCUUUACAAGCGAAGACAAAAAGCUUGGACAAUGACAAUGGACGAUUUUUUGAAAGAAAAACAAGAUUUGCCAAUUUUCCAAUUUAAAUCCGAAGAAAAGUCCCAAUUGCAUGACAGAAUUUUUACUUGGGGAUUUGGUAAAACUGGGGCUCUUGGAAUACCUUCAUUCACUGGCGAUUCAAAGAAAACAAUUUGUGCAACACCUCGUAAAUUAAGCAUCUUUGGUUCUUGUAAAGUGAAAGAUAUCGCCUGUGGCCAUGGAUUCACUGUCUUUGCGGCCGAGGCUCAAUCUUGUCAAACUCAAUUGUUUGGAUGUGGUGUCAACACUGACAAUCAAAUUGGUUAUCACUUAAUGAGCUGUAAGGAGUUGGUGCUCAUCACUAAACCAGCGGCCAUUAAUUUUCCAGCUAAUACAGUUGAUCUGAAGGUAAAGCAAGUUGCAUGUGGAAGAGCUCAUACGAUAGUUUUAAUGAAUAAUAAUAAUCUUUAUAGCUUUGGAAACAAUUCUUAUGGUCAGUGUGGUGUUCCGAUUAAGGAUAAGACGAGAAACCGUUUUUCUCAUAUCAAUGAAAUAAAAGGGAUACCUGGUCAAGUCGAAAAGGUUGUUUGUGGUCAAGAUCAUACACUUUUCCUAUUGAAAUCUGGAGAGGUUUAUGCUUGUGGUUGGAGUGCCGAUGGUCAGACAGGAACGGGCUAUCGAAGUGUCUCUACGCCAACUAAAGUUUGCGGGGACAUUGAGGGUGAAAAGAUUGUCGAAAUAUCAAGUUUUGCCGAUGGAACAUUGGCCUGCAGUGAUAAAGGUGAUCUUUUCUGCUGGGGUAGUUCAGAAUAUGCUCAAUUCCGCCUGAUUACUGACGAUUAUCAGGUCAAUGUUCCGAAAAGGUUACCAGUUUCUGUUGGAAAAGUCGUUAAAGUUGCAGCGGGAGGAAGUAUUUGUGGUCUAAUCAAUGAUAAAGGUCAAGUCUAUGUUUGGGGAUUCGGAUUGUUAGGCCAAGGCCCGAAUGUUCAUGAUUCAUCGAUUCCUCUUCUUCUCCCCGAGCCUCUUUUCGGUUGUAAUGACGUGAAUCCCGACAUCAAAGUGAUCUCUCUAGUCGCUGGUUUUAGUCGCUGGGCAGCAAUUAAUAGUAACGGUGAUCUCUUUUGUUGGGGCAAAAAUCGUUCUGGCUGUUUAGGAUUCAAAGAUAAAAACGAUCGUUAUUUCCCAAUGAGAAUCAAUCUACCGGUCAAUGUAAGGAAAGUUUGCCUUGGACCAGACCACACAGCGAUUAUUGGCCGAACGAUCAUCUAGUAUUCUGACCAUAAAAGUUUAUAUUGUAAAUAUUUUUGUAACAUUAGAUAUUAGUGUAUAAAUUAUAGUUUCGACAUUUA